UCGAGCAUGGAGUUGAAGCUCCAUCGAGUUCAUGGAGGCUGCAAUGGCAGAUGGGUGUCCGAUCGGCAUCCAUCAUAGUAGCUACAAAUAGCCGGGCUUGAGGACAGGCAUUCCCAGCUUGCAGAUGAAGAAUCACCAGCUAAUCUCUUACUACUCAAAUUAUCAAAAUGCCUUCAGCCAAUGUUUCCGAGCCUUUCAAUGGUACCAUUAUCACCAAUGGCAACGGCAAAGCCCAUGAAAGACCCACUACCAACAGUGACAUCUCGACAUUCCGUCGUCUUGUUCCUCUGGUUCACGAAGGGGCUGUUACCUAUCUCAAUGCCUCAUUUGCUCCCCCUUCCAAUAUGAUCGUUCACGAAGCCAUCACCAAGUAUGCCUCCGAGGCGUUGUACAACCCUUUGCCCAAACCGGCCUGGCAAGCAACCAUGCAAGAUGCCCGUCGGCUGCUCGCACGCUAUAUCAACACCGGCUCGUCAAACAUUGCCUUUACACGCGACACGACAGAAGCCCUUGGCUCGAUAAUUCGUGGCUUACACUUCAAGCCGGGCGAUAAUGUGGUUCUGCUUGAUACAGAACAUCCAAACCACGCGUAUCAGUGGAUGUCCCUCCGGCCAUUGGGCUUGGAAGUUCGACAAGUUCCUACGAUCGAGGCUGAUAAGAAGAAUGGAAAGGUCAGACCGGCGAAAGCUGAAACUUUUGCGCCUCAUGUGGAUGACCGAACGAUUGCGAUUGGGCUUAGUUCCGUCAUGUUUCACAGUGGCCAGUGGAACGAUGUCGCAGAUAUUUGCUCCACCUUCCGUCCGAGAGGCAUUCAUGUCAUUGCGGAUAUCACACAACAGGUCGGGUUUGCGACCGUAGACGUGCAGGCACUUGGUGUUUCGGCGGCAGCAUUCUCGUUGCACAAGGGCCUUCACUGUCCAACAGGUCUUGCAGCUCUAUAUGUCGACCCGGACGUCAUCAAGACUGUUGAUCCGACUCCACCUGUUGUGGGGUAUGGAGCUGUGAGCAAUGUUCGAGCUGAUCUUCUUGUUCCUGAUGACUCUAUUGUUUACCAUCCCUCUGCUCAAAGAUAUGAUCAUCUGAACCUGAGUCUUGUCUCGGGUGCUGUCGCUAAGGCGUACCUCAGCUUCUAUCUCGAUGUUCUUGGCCCUGAGAGGGUACAAAGUCACCUUUAUAGCUUAGGUGAUGUGUUGAAGAAAGAGUGCGAGAGUUUGGGCAUCAAUAUAGUCGGUCCUGAUGGCCGCAAAGAGCAUGCGCCGCAUCUCUACAUCCUGGAUCUACAUGACGAAAGAUGGAUGCCUCAUCUACGAGAUAAUGGAAUCAUCGUGACGCCGUAUCGACUUGGCAUCAGGGUAUCAUUCGGCUUCUACAAUGGCACAGAGGACAUCAAGAAACUUGCUUCGGUUCUGAGAAGUGGUAUUGAAACGGGAAUCUCUGUACCUUAG